AUGGCGUCUCGAGGGCGCAGGCCCGGAAUGUGGCAUGGGGCGCGGGGACGGGGCCCCGAGAGCUCUCGCAGGCCCGGAAUGUGGCAUGGGGCGCGGGGACGGGGCCCCGAGAGCUCUCGCGAUGGCGAAAGGGGCAGCAGAGGUAAGGGCAGAGGCGGUCGGGGCGGUCGCAGAUCUAGGGUUUUUCGAGGAAAUGACGAUGAUCUGGAGGAGAAGUUUGGGUUUGGAUUGUUCACGGAAGGAGAUCCAAAGCUUGGAUGGCUUCUCAACAUGUCGCCGUCGUCAUUCCAGGACGAGGAAUGUGGCAAUCAGACUUUCAGCUGUGUAAAUCUGUGCUUUCUGUGCCAGGAUGGGUCGGGUUUUAAAACCCGUGUGAAGUUUGCUCCAUAUUUCUACAUAGGAGCGAAGAUUGGUAUGGAACUUGAACUAGAGUCGUAUAUUCGGAGGCGUUUUGAGGGACUCAUCUCAAACACGAAAAUAGUCGAAAAGGAAGAUCUUGACCUGAAAAAUCACCUUUCUGGACUGCGCAAGCGAUUUAUUAAAAUCAGCUUCAACACAGUCCAAGAUCUCAUGCAAGUAAAAAGCGACCUGAUGCCAAUCGUGGCUCGCAAUCAAGCGAAGCUGGAGGCGGUCGAAGCUUAUGAAUCUGUACUGUACGGGCUAAGCACAGAGAAGCAAAACAAAUCGAAAGUUUAUGACUACAAUGAAUGCAUUGUAGAUAUACGCGAGUUUGAUGUUCCGUAUCAUGUCCGCUUCGCAAUAGACAAUGAUGUCAGAUGUGGAGAAUGGUACGUCGUAACCGUAGACGCAGCAAGGACAAAGUUGGAAAAACGGCCCGAUCUCCUUCAGCGAGCUGAGGCUCGCGUAUGUGCUUUUGAUAUUGAAGCAACCAAACUUCCGUUGAAGUUUCCAGAUGCAUCUUAUGAUAGUGUGAUGAUGAUAUCGUAUAUGGUCGAUAGCCAGGGCUAUCUGAUUAUCAACAGAGAGUGUGUAAGUGAAGACAUAGACGACAUUGAAUAUACUCCUAAGCCAGAGUUUGAAGGACAUUUUAAGGUUCGAAAUGCAGCCUCGGAGAAAGAACUUCUAGAGUGGUGGUUCGACCAUAUGCGUGAAAUUAAACCGAACAUCUUUGUUACCUACAACGGAGACUUCUUUGACUGGCCUUUUAUUGAAGAGCGGGCCAAACAUCAUGGAUUAAGCAUGCGCGACAAACUCGGCUUUUCCUGUGAUUCAGCGCAGGGAGAGUGUUUAAGUAAAUUCGCUUGUCACUUAGAUUGCUUCGCUUGGGUUAAACGUGACAGCUACCUUCCACAGGGCAGCCAAGGUCUUAAGGCUGUGACGAAGGCGAAGCUUGGAUAUGAUCCUCUGGAAGUCAAUCCAGAAGACAUGGUUCGUUUCGCUAGCGAACAACCUCAGAAAAUGGCAGCUUAUUCCGUCUCAGACGCCGUCGCGACGUAUUAUCUUUACAUGACAUACGUUAAUCCGUUUAUCUUCUCUCUUGCCACUAUCAUACCUAUGUCUCCGGACGAAGUGUUACGAAAGGGUAGUGGAACUUUGUGUGAAAUGCUUCUUAUGGUUCAGGCAUUUAAAGGAAACAUUAUCUGCCCGAACAAACACAAGUCAGAACCGGAACGGUUUUACAGUGGUAGACUUCUGGAUAGCGAGACAUACAUUGGAGGCCAUGUCGAAUGCCUUGAGAGUGGUGUUUUUCGUUCGGAUCUUCCUACUAGAUUUCGACUCGUGCCCGAGGCAUACCAAAAGCUGGUAGACAACCUGGAUCGCGACCUUUUGUAUGCCAUAGAGAAAGAAGGGAAGAUGAAUGCUCAGGAAGUGACCAACUAUGACGAGGUUAAGAAAGAAAUAAAGUCAAUGCUUGAAAAUCUACGGGAUGUACCCAACAGGGAAGAGCAGCCUGUAAUAUAUCACUUGGACGUGGCGGCCAUGUAUCCUAAUAUUAUACUGACUAAUCGCCUUCAGCCGCCUUCAAUUGUAACUGAUGAAACAUGCGCGGCCUGCGAUUUUAAUCGAGCCGAAAAAACGUGUUUGCGUCCUAUGCAAUGGGUUUGGAGAGGCGAAUCCUUUAUGACCAAGAGAAGUGAAUACUAUCAUCUGAAAAACCAAAUUGAGUCCGAAAUGUUUACAGCAGGAGAAGGGAAGCCUUCACAGUAUUUUCGUGAUCUGUCAAAAGACGAGCAGCAAUCUAAGCUGCGGGACAGAUUGAAGAAGUACUGUCAAAAGGUUUAUAAGCGAGUACUUGAUAAACCGACAACAGAACAGCGGGUAGCGGGAGUGUGCAUGCGCGAAAAUUCCUUUUAUGUGGAUACAGUUCGGAGUUUUCGAGACCGAAGAUACGAGUACAAAACCCUUAAUAAGGUGUGGAAGGGAAAAUUGACGGAGGCGAAGUCAAGCGGGAAUUCUAUCAAAAUUCAAGAAGCUCAAGAUAUGGUGGUUUUAUAUGAUUCACUGCAACUUGCACACAAGUGUAUUCUUAACUCAUUUUACGGCUACGUCAUGAGAAAAGGAGCCCGGUGGUAUUCUAUGGAAAUGGCAGGAAUUGUGACAUAUACAGGAGCAAAAAUCAUCCAAAAUGCACGGAUACUUGUCGAACAAAUCGGAAAACCGUUGGAGCUGGAUACAGACGGGAUCUGGUGUGCUUUACCAGCAUCUUUUCCUGAAAACUUUGUUUUUCGUACAAAAGAUAAAAAACUUCCGAUUUCGUACCCGUGUGUGAUGCUUAACGUGGAUGUCGCGUUAAACAACACCAACCAUCAAUACCAGACACUGGCAGACGCUACGGAACGUACUUACCGAACAAGUAGCGAAUGCUCAAUUGAAUUUGAGGUUGAUGGACCGUAUAAGGCAAUGAUACUCCCGGCCUCUAAAGAAGAGGGAGUGCUUAUUAAAAAGCGCUAUGCGGUCUUCAAUGAUGACGGAACACUUGCCGAGCUAAAAGGCUUUGAAGUAAAGCGGCGAGGUGAACUUAAACUUAUAAAGGUUUUUCAGGCAGAAGUUUUCGAGAAAUUUCUUCAAGGUAGUACGCUCGAAGAAUGUUAUGACGCUGUAGCGGCCGUUGCUGACAGGUGGCUGGAUAUGUUAGAGAAUCAAGGAGCAGAUGUGGCUGAUAGUGAGCUUCUUGACUACAUAUCGGAAUCAAGUACAAUGAGCAAGUCCCUCGCCGAUUAUGGCGAUAAAAAAUCCUGUGCUACCACCACGGCUAAGCGGCUAGCUGAUUUUCUUGGUGAAGCUAUGGUGAAGGAUAAGGGGUUGAGCUGUCGUUAUAUUGUUGCCCGGGAUCCUCAGGGCUCACCUGUUAGCGAACGUGCAGUACCCGUUGCUAUAUUUGAGACUGAAGCUGAGGUUAUGAGAGCAUACUUGAGAAAAUGGUGCAAGGUGUCCGCUGAUGCAGAUUUUCGCUCUAUAGUCGAUUGGUCAUACUACAGACAACGGUUAGCGUCCACUAUACAAAAGAUUAUCACAAUUCCUGCUGCGAUGCAGAAGGUAGCCAAUCCUGUUCCUAGAGUUAGUCAUCCAGACUGGUUGUGGAAGAGAGUUCGUGAAAAGGAUGACAAAUAUCGGCAAAAAAGCAUAUUUGAUGCUUUUAAGCCCAUAACAAACGCAGAUGUUGACAAUGAGGCUUUGGUUGGUGACUUGGAGGAUAUAUGUGGUGGCAAGGAAACUUGCUCUUCGAAAGGGCUCAAUGCUGAAGUUGAAACUGCUGCAACAGCGAAUACAGAACCUCUCUGCACCUCUGAUGGAGAUGAUUAUGGAGCAUGGCUCGAUAAACGAAAAAGAAAGUGGAAAGAUGUUCGUGAGAAACGAAAGCGUCUCAGACAAGGUCCUGAACCUCGACACACAGACAACAGAUUGAACAGGUCAAAAAAGGGAAAUAGUGUAAAUACAUUUUUUCAGAAUCGAGAGGCUUCAUUAACACGGUCACAUUGGGAGGUUUUGCAGUUUGAGGCCACUGAAAAGCCUGGAAAUUUCAUUGCUUGGGUAGUGGCUGGUAGUUCCAUGUACAAGGUCCCCGUAAAGGUGUCACGAAUUUUUUACCUGAAUACGCGUGCUAUAGUUUCCGAAGAUUAUCCUGGAAAGCGUGUCAGCCGAGUGCUACCUCACGGGAAAGCCUGUUUUAAUCUUAUUGAGGUCAUUUUGGACGAAGAGCAGUACAAGCAGGCUAAAAAGGAUGUUGUAGCUCAUCUGUCGGAUCCAGAAGUUGAGGGAGUUUACGAGACUAGAUUGCCUCUCGUACUUCAAGCCAUUCUUCAACUCGGCUGUGUUUGCUCUGUUGACGUUAAAGCGCAAAAGCGGAGCUUAAACGAAGGGUGGUCGCUAGAAGAAUUGCACAUGAAGACCACUACUGAGUGCUCUUAUCUGGCAGAUAACGUCUCCUUUAUCUACUUAUAUCACAGCGCAUUUGAGCCCCGUGGCUGUUAUGCCUUGUAUGCUCCUUUGGCCGCAAAAGUUCUCGUUAUCAUUGUCAAUCCGUCAGUCAACAAGGAGGUGUCAACAAACUGGUUAGAAAGGCAGUUUCGCGACUCACUUCGGACACAAGAGUCAUCGGUCAUGGAAGAAUUCAACAUGGAUACAUCAGACGUUAACUUCGAGAUAGAAUAUUUGGCUACAUAUGCUGAAGCUGGAAGGCGUUUGCAAAGGACUUUGCAUGAUUAUUUGGACCAGUUUCGGAGGCCUGCCGUGGCGAUUGUAGAAUGUCCGUCCAUGGAAAACAUUGUGGCUCAUGUUCCGGCUAUUUUGGAGGUUCCUCGAGUUCAAGUUCCUUGGAAUUCACGUCACAGUGACUAUAAGCUUCUUGGAUGGCAACCAGUAGCUGCAAAAUUAGCAAUGCAGCGUUGUGCUGCCUCACCAUCCUGGCUUUCGGAAAGAAUUGCACUUUGUCGAUACGCUCAUGUUCCGCUGGGCAAUUUGGACUCAGACUGGAUUCUUUUCACUGCGGAUGCAUUUUACGCACGAGUGCUGAAGGACAAUCAGCAUGUUUUGUGGAUAUCUGAUGAUGGCUUACCGGAUCUUGGAGGUGUUCCACAAGACGAACCAAGCUUUACAGAUGUGGUUCAGCAACCGUCUUUGUGCUAUCCUGGUGCUUACAGAAGUGUUACUAUUGAGCUCAAGAUAAAUCAUCUGGCAGUCAAUGCUCUUUUAAAGAGCACUCAAGUAAAUGAGCUGGAAGGAGGAGCGUUGCUAGGCUUUGAGCUUGAUGCAACUGGUUCCAAUCUUCGUCAAGUGGGAGGUUCCUGGGAUGAAACCAAUUCUUGUGCGCCUGCUUUCGGUCUUCUAAAACAGAUGAACUUGUACAGAUGGCUUUGCAGUCCACUGUCGAAGCUUCAUGAUCCAUCAUUGCACCGGCUUUUACAUAAGGUCAUGCAGAAGGUGUAUGCACUUUUGCUGGCUGAACUUCGAAAGCUUGGAGCUACCAUUGUGUAUGGGAGUUUUUCGCGAAUCAUAAUCGGGACAGGAAAACACAACGUUGAGGCUGCCAAAAACUACUGUGAUCACCUUUUAAAAACACUGCAAACCAGAGAAAUGUUCGAGUGGAUUGAGCUUGAGCCUCAACGUUAUUGGCAUUCCAUUUUAUUCAUGGACCAGUACAACUAUGGCGCUAUCCAAGCCAAAGUUUCAUCUGAAGACAAUUCUGAGGAAUUUGAAAUUGUUUCAUCCUGGAAUAUAGCCGAGUAUUUGCCGAAGGCUAUUCAGGAGUUUUUCAUCGUCGUGGUGUCGGAGUUUAUCUAUCUCCCAUGGAAACACGCGCAAGAAACUAUCGCAGCGAGAUCAUUUUCCUUCUCAUCAACCCCAUCUGUGACUGUUGCCGCCGCUGCUGACGCUGACGCCCUGGAAACAUCAUUUUUGAAAGAACAGAUUGAGUCAUAUUUUACAGACAAGCUGUUGAGAAUCGUAAGAGAUAUUCAACGGCACUUCACGGCUUCCAGAGACGUGGACGACUUCAAGUUCCCGAAUCUAGCUGGCUCUCAUUUAGCUCUGGGUGACGCAGCUCUCGAGUUCAUCAAGUAUAUUUAUGCUGCAAUGUCCCUUGAUCACCGCGUGCAGCAUUCUGUUCAGGUUAUGAGAAAGAACUUGCUUAGGCUGGUUCAUGUGAGGGAGUUUGCACCCGAGGCUCAAUUCCACGACCCUUGUCUAUCGUUUACCCUUCCGAACGUCAUUUGCAGCUACUGCAAUGACUGCCGAGACCUCGACUUGUGUCGGGAUGCUGCCUUGCUUCAAAAGGACUGGCACUGUACAGUUCCUCAAUGUGGACAAAUGUACAACGUCCAAUGGAUUGAGAAUGCAUUACUCCAGAUCGUUCGGCAGAGAGAGCGUCUUUACCAUCUGCAGGACCUCAAGUGCGUGAAGUGCCGCCAGAUAAAAGCCGCACAUAUCACCGAGCAAUGCUCCUGCGGUGGCAGCUUCGAGUGCGUAGAAAAGUCGGCCGAGUUCAUGUCCAAAAGCCACGUAUUCUUGAACAUUGCGACUUACUAUGGAUUCGACUUGCUGAAGGAGUGCAUUGCGUGGAUACUACUAUCCUGAAAGCUCAACCAGGGAUCCCUGGUUUUGCGAGGGCUUUAGCUCCAUGGAAGGCGUCGUCCAGGCGGAGACGACGGCACCCAGCCCAGCUC